GCCGCGCGCCCACCGCUCCCCUCCCCCGGCCCGGGCGCCGCGCCGCCCACUCCCGCCGCGCCUCCCCCGCGCCCUCCUCGCCGGCAGGAAUUGCGCGGCCACAGCGCCGCCCGCAUCCGCGCCGCCCGGCCCUCCGUGCCGCUCCGUGGUCCCGGGCCCGCAGCCGCCGUGCGGCCAGGGCGCCCCCCGCCCCGCGACCCUCAACCCGUGCCCCCUCCACGCGCCGCCGCGCCCGGCUCCCGCCUCCCCUCCCCGGAGUCUCGCCAGCCCCUUCUUGCAGCCGCCUCUGGAGGACCGGGUCCACCGCGGGUCACCAUGCCCAGCAAAACCAAGUACAACCUUGUGGACGAUGGGCACGACCUGCGGAUCCCCUUGCACAACGAGGACGCCUUCCAGCACGGCAUCUGCUUCGAGGCCAAGUACGUAGGAAGCCUGGAUGUGCCGAGGCCCAACAGCAGAGUGGAGAUCGUGGCUGCCAUGCGCCGGAUACGGUAUGAGUUUAAAGCCAAGAAUAUCAAGAAGAAGAAAGUGAGCAUUAUGGUUUCAGUGGAUGGCGUGAAAGUGAUUCUGAAGAAGAAGAAAAAGCUUUUUUUAUUGCAGAAAAAGGAGUGGACGUGGGAUGAGAGCAAGAUGCUGGUGAUGCAGGACCCUAUCUACAGGAUCUUCUACGUCUCUCAUGAUUCCCAAGACUUGAAGAUCUUCAGCUAUAUCGCUCGAGAUGGUGCCAGCAAUAUCUUCAGGUGUAACGUCUUUAAAUCCAAGAAGAAGAGCCAAGCUAUGCGAAUUGUCCGGACGGUGGGGCAGGCCUUCGAGGUCUGCCACAAGCUGAGCCUGCAGCACACGCAGCAGAAUGCAGACGGCCAGGAAGACGGGGAGAGUGAGAGGAACAGCAGCAGCUCAGGGGACCCAGGCCGCCAGCUCACUGGAGCCGAGAGGGCCUCCACGGCCACCGCGGAGGAGACUGACAUCGAUGCAGUAGAGGUCCCGCUCCCAGGGAAUGACAUCCUGGAAUUCAGCCGAGGCGUGACCGACCUUGACGCCGUAGGGAAGGAAGGAGGCUCUCACACAGACUCCAAGGUUCCGCCCCAUGCCCAGGAGCCCAUACUGACAGCCUCACCCAGGAUGCUCCUUCCCUCUUCUUCCUCGAAGGCCCCGGGCUUGGACACGGGGACGCCACUGUCCACCCACCACCAGAUGCAGCUCCUCCAGCAGCUCCUCCAGCAGCAGCAGCAGCAGACGCAAGUGGCUGUGGCCCAGGUUCACUUGCUGAAGGACCAGCUGGCUGCUGAGGCUGCGGCGCGGCUGGAGGCCCAGGCUCGCGUGCACCAGCUCCUGCUGCAGAACAAGGACAUGCUCCAGCACAUCUCCCUGCUGGUCAAGCAGGUGCAGGAGCUGGAGCUGAAGCUGUCAGGACAGAACGCCAUGGGCUCCCAGGACAGCUUGCUGGAGAUCACCUUCCGCUCCGGAGCCCUGCCCGUGCUGUGUGACCCCACGACCCCUAAGCCGGAGGAGCUGCGCUCGCCGCCCCUGGGCGCGGGCUUGGCCGACUUCGCCCACCCGACAGGCAGCCCCUUAGUCGACCACAGCAUGUUUGAGAACUUGAACACAGCUGUCACUCCAAAGCUCCAGGCAAGCUGCUCCUUCCCCCACUUGUCCAGGCUGGUGGCCCCCAGCUCUGCCACCCUGGGGUCUGUGGAGCCUGGCGGGCCGGGACUCUGGGUGGGCAGCAGCCAGCACCUCAAGAACCUGGGCAAAGCCAUGGGGGCGAAGGUUAAUGACUUCCUGCGGAGAAAAGAGCCCUCGAGCCUGGGCACUGUGGGCGCGAUGGAGAUCAACAAGACCGCGGGGGCCCAACUGGCUGGUGGGGCUGAUGUGGAGGACGAAAGGUCAGCCCUGCAAGAAGCGUUCCCUCGGCUGGAUCCUCCACCUCCCAUAACCAGGAAGCGAACUCCUCGGGCCCUGAAGACCACCCAGGACAUGCUGAUUUCAUCACAGCCUGUCCUAAGCAGUCUGGAGUAUGGGACAGAGCUGUCCCUUGGGCAGCCCCAGGACUCCCCUCCCUCUGCCCAGCCUGUCCCAGCAGACGCUUCACAGCCAGAGGCCACCAUGGAAAUGAGGGAUAGGGGCGAGGCUCUGCCCAAUGGAGAGGUUUCCCUGUCGGUACCUGAUCUAAUCCACAAGGACAGCCAGGACGAAUCCAAGCUAAAGAUGACUGAGUGCAGAAGGGCCUCCUCCCCUGGCCUCAUCGAGAGGAAUGGCCUCAAACUCAGCCUGAGCCCCAUCAGCCUGGCUGAGUCACUGGAGGACAGCAGCCCCCCUCCUCGGGCACGGACCUCCAGCCUUGACAAUGAGGGCCCUCACCCAGACCUGCUGUCCUUUGAGUAGAGCCUCUUCUCUUCCCUGCUAGGCACCCCCUUCCCCUCUGCUUUCUCCUCCACUGUGCACCCUGGCCCUUGCCCCAGCUCCACUGUGUCCUUUGCCCUUUGCACAAGGCACCCGCAGAGAGCCGAUUCUCUCACACAGGCUGUUGCAGGGCCAGAAGUCCACGAGUAGUCAUAGUUUGUCUGUCUGCAGAAUGGCAAAGGAACUGGGGUGCCGUCCCUGAUCCUCAUUUUCCGUAAGCUCCUCUGGGUGCUGGCUGCAGCCCUUGGAUGUUGGAGCUCCCCUGCUCCUGAGUUGCCCUGGCUUCCCACUGAAUGGCAGGAUCCCCAGCCCUGGAUAGGGUUUUGCAGGGAUUCUCUUUGCCUGUCGCCACAUGCUGGCGGCUCCCCUGCUCUUCUCCCCCCCAUGCCCUGGUUCCUUCUUGCUCCUCUCUGGUGGCUUGGGAGGCCUCCUGCCUCAGGGGGAAUUGGGCUGGAUGAGGAAUGGUGGGCCUGGCUUGAUGAUGGCCCAGACCCAGAAAGCCACACACCCUGAGCACAGCCCAGCUCGGGCUCCUCCUGGUCCCAAGACAGCAUGGGCACCUGGUUGUCAUCUUGUCUCUGCCCCCGUGGCUGUGGGCCGGAGAAGAUGCUUACCAGCCCUGACACCUUGAGGCAGCCUCGUUGCCUGGGGCUCUUGGGUGUUUCCCAUCUGGCCAGAUGGAGAACACAGUGAGCAGUCCUUGGGCAGGGCACAGAGCCAGCCACCAAGAGCACCAGCCCCGCGUGCUAUCUGGGAAGAUGCUAUGACCAGCUAUGCUUAGGAUCCUGCACAGAAGGAAGGACCAGGCCUUGCUAUGUGUGAAGACAGGGCUAGGCAGGCCCCCGCAGAAGCAGCAGAGCAUAUUCUGAUCUUGUUUUCAGGGAGGGUCCAGGAACUUGGCUUUCAGGGCCAAGAGAACCCAAGCAGAAGUAGUGGAGAAGACAGUGAAAACAGGAUGAGGAAAGAGCAGUCACUGGGGAUCAGAGCAGCUCGUCAGGGACCACCCACUGCAGAAAUGAUGCAGUUCUAGGGUCCAGGCAUGGUUAGUGCCAGAGCUAGAGUGGGGAAUGUGAGGGAGUGGGACGCAGUGAGAACAGCCGCGGAGGUAAACUACUGUCCAUUGAGUGGAGGUGCUUUGCUCUUGUGCUGAAAUUGCCUGCGCCUCCCACCACCCUGGUCUCCCUAGAGGGGCCCCUGGCCUGCCGUUCCCUUGUCCUGAUGCCACAUGGUCCUCUCUCAACCUGCCGUGGGGAUCUGUGUGACUCGGUUCAUCCAACCCCAAUUGGCUCCUGCCCUCCUGGGUUAACCCACUUUUGUGUUCCUGUCUCCUGCCAGGGGUCCUGUCGUGCUGUCUUCCUGUGGCCAGGAGACCCUGUCAGGGGGUGAUCCCCACCCUGGUGGCCUUUGCAGCAAGAAGAGCACAUCCCUUUUCUUGAACAGGGUGGCCAGUUCCCUGGGAGAAGGCUGAGAGGGGCACAUCCAGCGGGCAGGCCUCCUUCUGUGACUCCUGCUGCCUCCGCUUGUCUAGUCAUUGUGCGGCUUCCACCUUUGAGCUCCGGGGCACCCAGAGCUCACUUCCCGCUUUAUCUCAUCACCCAGUUCCCGCUCUCCUCCCUGCCACCUCUGCCAUAUGAGAUGUCCAAGCUGACUCCUAUAGACUUAGGAGUCUAGGGGGUGGGGAUUGCCAGGAUGUGGCUGCCCUUCCUGCAUUCUUGUUUCUGCAGCCAUGCGACCUUCCCACAGCCCUCCCACCCCUCCUCUUCUACCCUGUCUUCCAUCGCCCUGGAAAGCAAGGCUUCGCCACAUGCUCACAGCAAGGCCUUGUCUCUCUUUCCCCACAAGGGUCCCUGCAUGCUGGGCACCUUGCAGGCCGUGGUGAGGUGAGCAGGGCUCUUACUGAAUGUGUAGAUCCUGCCUUCAAGAAUGUCACAAGGAUGUGAUGUCUGACCUUGAUGCUCAGAAGCUCUCAGGACUAGCAUCUGGGGGCCUGUGAGUUUUCCCAGAAUGGCUUGGGGUUUUGCACAAAACAGAGGUGAGGGUUGGGGCAGAGAACCUGAAUCUGUGUGCUGGGAGCUAUCCCAGUUUCAUCUGAGUUUCCAUGCCAGAAGCAUGGUUUGCUUCUCUGAUAGGGGAACUUAGCAGAUACCUGCGCUCGGGGGCUGACCGCCCACCCCCACCAGGGACCAGGGUGGCUCUGCCCAGGUGAUAUUGUAACCGUAGGCACAGGCGUUGCAGGCCCGCGCUGGCUUAAGCACCCUGCUCUCCUCGCCACACCCAGCCAGGGCUGAAGUCCUGGCCCUCAAACCCAAUAUCAGCACAGAGAUCCUCCGAGGUUGUCCUAAGACUGUCGCCAGGGUGAACUCAGAGUUCCUCAGACUCGUGUCUGAUACCCACUAAGAGGCCGUGGGACCAUGCUCUAAUCUUAAGUGGCCUCUCUGUGAUCACCGCACCAUCCUCCUGCAGCAGGGGUGAUGCUGCGACCUCGGGGGGCUCUCUGAGGCUGAAAUCUAGUCCUAGCUGCUGUGGAUGUUGCCUGGUGCUAGGGGCUAAGAGACACCCCAAGGCCUGCAGGAACAUCGCCUUCUGAUCCUGCUGAGGGCCUGGGCUCAGACCAGCUCUUCUGUCUCGACAGCCUGACCUUCCUGUGCUUGCAGUAUGGCAACUGCAUGCCCCCACCCACCGCACACGUGCACACACAGAGCCCGCAGUGAGGCCAGCUUCUCUGGGAGCUUGGCCCCCAGUCGGCCCAAGGGCAGAGUAACAAGGAGGAAUGAAGGAGCAGUCUUCUAUGUCCACAUAAGGAAGUUGGGGCCACAGAGUCUCUUCUCCCCCAACCCCAUACUCAGCACAUAGCUUUACCCUGUUAGAUGACACAGUGAGCUUCCAGAACCUGGCAGGAGGAUGGCAUAGUCCCCUGCACAGAGAACAAUGUGUCUGUGUUAUGUAUGUGGACGAUAUGAAGACAGACACGCAUGUAAUCUAUUGACUACUCAAGAACAAAGAGUUUGGCCCCAGUUUGGGGAAGAUUACAGAUCUGAGUAUUUUCUAGAGAUUUUAUAUUUAUAUUUCUAGUAAUUUUCUGGUAGAAGGACACUGCGCAAUAAAAUGAUUUGGUUUAGUUUUACUGGGUUUUUUUUUUCUUUCUCCUGACUGAUGGGAAGCAGUUGGUUUUCUCAAGCCUGAGUUGUCGGGCGGAGAGCAUUGGCAUUUUCCUUUGUGAGGCUGGAAGAGUGAGAUGUGAGGGAGAUAGAAAUGUGAGGAAGAUGGGCGCUGCUGACAGGCCGCCAACCUGAGACCCUUGGGGGAAAAUGAUCUCUCAGGAUAUGCCAUCAUGUGUUCCCCUAACUGGCCGCCAUGAAAGUGUCCCUCUUCCAACUCGACCUAUGGCUGUUUCAGGAGCAUCACCAUGACGAGCACAGGUAAGACCCUCCUCAAGAGGAAAGCAGGGAGGAGAUGCAAGUGACUCCCAAAUCGUCCUUCAGGCCAGUAACUCAACCUGGGGUCCAUAGCCGCCUUCCACCAAGGAGAGGACAGAGUUGCGUGUGUGCACGUGUGCAGACAGUAUUCAGAGAGGGAGCAGAGCUGCUGCUCUCAGUCUGAGUCAUCAGUAAAUGUCAGUAAAAUCCCAGAGCUGCUGACAGGCCUUCCCCCAGACUGGGGCCACCUUGCUGCUCGCUUAUUGAGAGAGUGUGGCUUGCAGCAGAGCUAGCCUGAGCCCCUUUGCUCCCCUGCUGCCCCCAGGCCAGUGUCAGAACCAGGGACCCAGAGGACUCACACAGCUGAGAAUCAGUGAGGCCUUAAACUUCCUUAAUAGGAGAAAGUGGAGGAGAGAGAGGAAAGGGAAGGAAAAGAGGCAUUUAGUCUGUUCACAGAAGCCGAACACAUUUCUAGAGGGUGAAGGAUGGGGCCUCUCUGCCCAGCCCUUGUCAUUUGCCCCCAUGACCAGGUGGGGGGUUAGAAUCUACAGUUCAGCACGCAGUGGUCCCAGGUUCCGCAUCAGACGUGUCCUGGGUAUGAGGCUGAGUCUCCAGGCUUUUCUGCAUUGAAUUCCACUCCUACACUUCAUUUUUCAGAAGAUGUGCAAGAAAACAACGGGUGCUGUAAGGUUGCUCACUUGCUCUGCA